AUGAUUUUUUUUCCAGUGUGUGGAAGAAGGGACAAUCAAAAGGGGUUGGUGGCAGGUGGAAUCACAUCGGAAUUUGGAGACUGGCCGUGGCAGGCUGCUAUUUACGAUGUUGUUAAGAGAGAUGUGAUAUGUGGAGGAGCUCUCGUCAUGCAGGAAUGGGUGCUGACUGCUGCACAUUGUCUUACCGUCGAGAACACCAUACGAACUCGCUUCCCUAAAGACUUCCGGGUCUACCUUGGGAAACACCAUCGAGAUAUUUCCAAGGAUGACGAAUUCGUGCAGAUGCAUCAGGUGUCCCACAUUAUCGUGCAUGAAGACUUCAGCUUACAGAACUACGAUUCGGACAUCGCUCUACUGCAUUUGGCGAAACCCUCAAUAUUGACUCAGCGGGUCCAGUUAAUAUGUCUUCCGGAUCUCACUGAGGUGAACCUUGAACCUGGAAAUAAAGGAUGGGUGGCCGGUUGGGGCUUUGACGGAUUGGAUAAUCUCUCAACCGCACUCACGGAAAUCGAACUUCCGGUGAAGUCCAAUAAA